AAAAGACAAGAAUGGCUCAGUCGAUCAGCGGACACACUCAUGUUUCGAGGGACUUUGAGGGAUCUGGGUGUCAACCAGUAUCCGACGCAUUCACAUGCGUGGUGCCAGACGCUCCUCUAGCUGUGGUUGAGGAGAUCUUGCUGUACCUGCCCGCUUAUCAGGUGGUGCGAGUGUGUCGUCUGGUGUGUCAUGAGUGGAAAGAGCUGGUGGACAGUGCUGCACACUGGAGAGAGCGCUGUAGGAGAGAGGGGAUUCAGCUAUGUGAUGCUUCCAGACCGCCAGAGGACUGGUGUCAGUUUUACUUUAUAACUAAAAAACGACGGAACCUGAUCAAGAAUCCCAAAGCUGAAGCUGGAUUGCAAGGAUGGGGGAUAAAAGUAGAUAAUAAAAAGGCCUGCUGGCUGGUGGAAGAAAAUAGAAAACCAUUCCCGGACAACACAGUCACCAGAUGUUAUGUAGCAUCUGAUGGGUUGUGUUUGAAGCGACAGCUGAUUGAUUUGCAGAAAGAAGGCUACAGUGCUGCUUUCAUGGAUCAACUGCAACCUCACAUCAAAAUCUCAGACUGGUAUACCACAAACCUUGCUUAUGGAAGUAGCUAUCAGGUCUGUAUGGAACUGCUUAAUGAGGAGAUGCAACCCAUUAGUAGCAAUAAUCCGCAUAGAUUGGUUCUAGAUGGGGAGAAUUAUCCAUGGUGUGAGAUAACACGUGUCUUUCAAAAUUAUGGACCUGGUGUUCGGUUUAUCCGUUUCACUCAUGGUGGGUCGGAAAAUCAGUUCUGGAAAUGCCGGUAUGAAGUAAGAGUCACUAACAGCAGUGUGGAGAUCUGCCCAGCUGCAGAGAGAGAGUCAUUAUCAGUUUGAGUAUUUCCUCUUUUGUAAGAAACACUAUGAAAUGAUGAACCCGCAAAAAUUCAUCUUCAUAGAUGAGACUGGGCUCUAUUGAAAGCAUCAGGAGGAUUUCUGGUGGCCUGGGCAUUUUAAAUUGUCCUGCUGCCAGUCAGACUUAUUAUUAGUAUUAUCAUUAUUAUCUUUUAUUAUUAUUGACCAUUACACUGUAAUAAAGUAAUCUCAGCAUGCAAUGUAAACAAUCAUUUAAAAAAAUCUAAACCUGUUAGACUUGACUGGCAGCAUUGCACUAUGCUUCAGUUUACGCCCUCUCUGUGCCUCCGCAAAAGCAUUUAAACAGACAUGGGAAGAUGUGAGAUAGUGGCCAGGUAAAGCAGAAAAGGAAAGAGCAGGUAACAAGAAAGCACGUCAAGAAGAAGCCGCAGCUAAAAUGCCUUCUACUACACUUCUAAUCUGUUCAAUGUCCAACUAUAUCUCUGUUGACUCUAAUGUAUAACGUUAAUAGUAUGUUCUACUGAAAAAUAAAAAGAGUUGUAAAAAGAGCA